CCCACCCUGAAAACGCGGCCUCACGAGUAAUUUCUAAAAGCGUAAAAUGCACACGCCAGCUAUGUAAACAGAGACAUAAUUUUUCUUUUAAUCUGUUCUUGUUUCUUGGAAAAAUCAUAGUAGUAUUUUUGUCAACAAGAAAUUCAAAUCACAUAGUAGUUUUUAAUCUCUCCAUAAUGCUGGAAUUAUCUAUCCAGGGUGAGCCAGUGUGGAAAUCAUCCCACAAAACCAAUUGGUAUUAGUAAAGUAAUUUUCAGGCCCCUUUAAUGCAGUUCAGGGUUUAGGAGAAUCUGUACUACUGGUCCAUGCAGUUGGAAAUGUUGCGGGCAGUAGUCUAAUGUUCUAUUGGAGUGUAGUGUUGGGGUUGUUCUAGGUUAGCAAUGGAAAGUAAAGUAGUAGAUGAAAAUGAGGAAGGCCCAGUUGUUCCCAUGCGAGUUGAUAGAUUCGGUUUCGUGAAGCAGGAACAUAGCCCUACUGAAGGUUUAGCAAGGAGCCGGUCGGCCUUUGAAUAUCAGAGAGAUGAAAGAAGGAUUAGGAAAUGGAGAAAAAUGAUAGGUGUUGGAGGAAGUGACUGGAAGCAGUAUGUUCGGAGGAAACCACAUGUUGUUAAAAGGCGAAUACGGAAAGGAAUACCUGAUUGUCUAAGGGGGCUCGUCUGGCAGCUAAUUUCUGGAAGUCGGGACCUCUUGCUGCUGAAUCCUGGAGUUUAUGAGCAACUUGUCAUAUAUGAGACAUCAGCUUCCGAAUUGGAUAUUAUUCGAGAUAUUUCUCGCACCUUUCCUUCACAUGUUUUCUUUCAGCAGAGACAUGGACCUGGUCAAAGGUCUCUUUACAACGUUCUGAAAGCAUAUUCCGUCUUUGACCGAGAUGUUGGAUAUGUACAGGGCAUGGGAUUUGUAGCAGGUCUGCUUCUUCUUUACAUGAGUGAAGAAGAUGCAUUUUGGUUAUUGGUUGCAUUGUUGAAGGGAGCCGUUCACACUCCUAUGGAAGGAAUGUACUUGGUAGGAUUGCCGCUUGUACAGCAAUACCUCUUUCAGUUUGAUAGUUUGGUGAAAGAGCACCUGCCGAAGUUGGGUGAACAUUUUGUUCAGGAAAUGAUAAAUCCCAGCAUGUAUGCAAGUCAGUGGUUCAUAACUGUUUUCUCGUACUCUUUUCCAUUUCACUUGGCUCUCAGAAUUUGGGAUGUUUUCCUUUUUGAGGGUAUUAAAGUCGUCUUCAAAGUUGGCUUGGCUCUAUUGAAAUAUUGCCACGAUGACCUGGUAAAGUUGCCAUUUGAGAAACUCAUACAUGCUUUGCGCAACUUCCCUGAGGAUGCCAUGAAUCCAGAUAUACUGUUACCAAUGGCUUUUUCAAUCAAGGUUUCCAAGCAUUUGGAGGAACUGAAGCAAGAAUAUGACCAGCAACGCGGGAAACCUCCUGAUUCCCAAGUCAAACAGUAAGAUUUACCAAACGCAAGAGACCUCUGAAGAGCAACCAAGCUAGAUUUCUGUGCAUAAAAUUUGUAUUCUUUUAGUUGUGUUUCCAAAGCUGACUCAGCUGCUGUACAUAAAUACAUUGACCAGAUUACCAGACCAAUGCAGUUUUUAGUGCAAAAUACACUUCUCAUGGUUGUUUGGUCUAUUUGGAGUAGGCGUCUGGCUUCGCCAUGAGGGUCAAUGGUAUAAGUUUUACUUGGCUUCUUAUA